GCGCUGCACGCGGCUGCCGCGCACGGCUCGGCCGAGGUUGUGCGGUCGCUGCUUGCUGCGAAGGCGGAGCCGGCGGCCCGUCGCGAGAACGGCAAGACCCCGCUGCACGCCGCCUGCAGCGGGGGCCACGCCGAGGCGGUCGAGUCGCUGCUCGAGGGCCGGGCGGACCCGAGCGCGGCCGAGUCGCACGGCAUCACUCCUCUGCACGUGGCGGCGGCCCAGGGCCACGUGCGGUGCGUCUCGAGCCUCCUCGCCGCGGGCGCAGUCCCCAACCCGGUCCGGGACAACGGCCGAACCGCCCUCCACGCCGCCGCCGCCGGCGGCCACGCUGGCGUCGUCGCGCUCCUGCUCGAGGCUGGUGCG